AUGAACAUCGACUUCAACACUGUUUUGAAUACAUUGGCUGCCAAAGCCAAGGCGCUGGCGCUUAAUGUCACGGAGAUUGAGUUGAAAGUACUCGAAGCGACAAAUGAGGAGCCAUGGGGUCCACACGGACAGGCUAUGCAAGAGAUUGCUAGAGCAGCGGAAGACCCCGAAAAGUACAACCUUAUAAUGAAUGUGAUCAGCGAGCGCCUUCAAAUGAGGGACGAGAAUUGGAGGUUGUGCUACAAGGCGCUCUUGCUCCUGGAGUAUAUGGUGAAGCAUGGCCCCUGGCGCGUUGUGGACGAGCUGAACCGCAGCGUGUCCUCCCUGGAGCGUCUCCGGGACGACUUUGAGUUCAAGGACCCGCAGGGGCGCGACCAGGCGGCUCGCAACGCCAGCAAGUUCAAGGGCGUCUCUUCCUCCGACGUGCGGGGGGGAGGUUUUGGGGGCUUUGGCGGCACUGGGUACGGCAGCAGCGGCAGUGGCGGUGGCGGAUACGGAUACGGCGGCUUUGGCAAUGGCGGCUAUGGCGGCCGAAGCCAGGGCUUCGGUGGCACGGAAAGCGUGCACAUGCCCAGUUCAUCCAAACAAGACCGCAACGGCUCUGGUUCCUCUGGCUAUUACUCGGGCUCCGCUCUGGCGGCCGGGGGGGGCCCGGCCCCCUCGGAUCGGCCCCGGGAUGAGGCCGUGCGGAUAGCCGCCGGCAGCGGCGAAGAGGCGGAAGACCCCUUCGAGGCGACCCGCAAGCGAAUCGAGCGGCUGAAAGCGGAAGGGGCGCUGCAAGAUGCGGCGGCUACGGGACCCCCUCCGGGACUGGUCGACCCGGCGGCUGCAAAUGCCAAGGCGCCGAAGAAGCUGUCGGACGUGAAGAUCAACCCGGCGGUUGCCGCCACCUUCGCCAACAUCAGCCUCCCGACCUCCAACAGCACGGGCAGCCUGGCUAAGCUGGUGCCACCGCCGCCGCCGCCGCCCGGCCAGUCCACCAAGCCGUCGAGCCUUAUUGCCCAACAGCCGAACAGCAGCAACGAGAUUGACCUGUUCGCGGACAUGCCCCGCUACCAGCGUGCAGCCGGCGGCAGCAGCUGCUGCCCCUACAGCGGCGGUUCCAGCUGCAGCAGCACCCACCACCGUGGCUCCAUCGGUAAGUCCUUUAGAGAGGGCUUUGACGUGUUCUUCGGCGGUGGCGGCGCGGCACCAACUGCGAGCGGCAACACGGCAGGAAGCGGCAUCACAGCCGCGGCGGCGUCGGCGGCCAGCGCCAAACCGCCGGUCCGGGCCCCUCUUCCUUUUGAUGCAUUCUCUGAGCUAGGUGAUCCGGCCCCGGCGCCUCACGCACCCGUGACUGUGGGAAUGGGACUCACUGCCAGCUCAGCCGCGCCCAGCGCGGCCCCUGCCGCGGAUCCCUUUGCCGCCCUCGCAUCAUCAUCAUCUUCAUAUUCUUCGGCCGCGUUGCCGUCCAUGGCCGCAUCACGCCCAGCAGCACCCGCCGGUGCUGCCGCGGUGGCGGACCCUUUCGCGUCGUUGUCGGCGCCACCACCACGAGCUGCCGCUGCAGUCGGGCUAGCGGCGAAGCCAGCGGCACAACAACAACCCGUAACAGCGCCCAUAUCAUUCGACGCGUUUGGAACGGCUGCGCCGCCGCAGCCUGGACGGACACUGCAGCCUGCCGCUGCGGCGGCGGCGGCGCCAGUGGCGGAUCCCUUCGCUACACUGGCAUCUGGAUCCACGCCGGCACCGGUUCCCAUGGCCGCUGCUGCGCGGGCUGCACCUCAACCCGCGGCGGCGGCGGCAGCAGCAGCGGCGGCGGCGUUUGACCCCUUCGUGUCGGCGCCGCCAGUGGCAGCGGCGCCUGCACGGCCGGCUGCUGCGGCGUCCUCUGACGUUUUUGGGUCGAUGGCGGCGGCACCACCGGCAGCCGCGAUGGCGAGCGGCUUUGAUGACUUCUUCGGGCCCAGCUCUUCUGGGGGUGACUUUAUCGGCGCAUCGAAACCGGCGAACCCCGCGGCGCCAUCCACCGCAGCUGGCGCCUUCACGGCGUCCUCGUUCGCCGCCUUCCCGCCGCCUCCGCCGGCGCCAUCGAGUGCCACGGCAGUGCCCGCCGCGGCGGCGGCCAACAGCGCGUCAAUGGCGAUGAACAAGGCCGGUGCCGCACAUGGCGCAGCGGGGCAUAAGAAUCUCGACCCGUUUGCGGGCUUGGGUUUCUAA